UGAAGUAGGUGGGAGAAGGAAUAAAGACAGAAAGUUAAGAAAAAUGAUGUCUAUAGAAGAUUAAUUGUUUAGGCAAAAAAUCUUGUGCCAAGUGUUUCCCAUUCUUCUCAAGUGGGAGAUGAGAGAUUUCCAUUCCCGCUUGAUGGUUUUAGUAUCCCUUGACGGAGACAAACCAUGAAUUCAACAAUACUUUUAAAUAAGGUUGUUUUUUUAAGAUUUUAUUUUUAAGUACCCUCUACACCGAAUGUGGGGCUCAAACUACAAAGAACUUACAACCCCAACAUCAAGAGUCACAUGCGUGCUGCACAGACCAAGCCAGUCAGGCUCCACCGUUUGUACGGAAUUCUGAUAUUUCUAAUACCUAUGUAUGUAGUAAUAUCUACAUGUGCAAAGCGUGCUAUUUAUUCAGUUGACAAUAUUUUCUGUACAUGUAAAGCCCAGGGUCCCUUGCAAUAAAUCAGAAAUCCUCUCCCCAGGAGACUGCAGCCCACAGACUAAGAACCAUUAUUUUGCUAUAAUUCAGAGGAAAAGGGUUUUUGUUGUUGUUGUUGUUUCCUAGAGUGUACCACCCAUGAGGAGUACAACCACAGGGUAUUUGAGUGGGAGAAAGGAACGUUCUAUCCAGGAAGAAAAGAGCAAGAGGGAAAGCUUGGGAGAAGAAAUACACAAGUUACUCGGAAGAAUUGAAUAGUAGCUAGUAGGUGCAAGGUACUUCCCAUAUAUCAUCCCACAAUACUAUAAGUCGUCCCUUCCCCUCCUCCCUCACCCCCAAGUCUUCCUCCCUGCGGCCCUCCCCCACCUCCAGUUGAUCAUGGCAUCAGAAGCAGGGAAAACGUUCCAGCGGUUUGCUGUCUUUGGAGAAUCAUCAAGCAGUGGCACUGAAAUGAACAAUAAGAACUUCUCCAAGCUAUGCAAAGACUGUGGCAUCAUGGAUGGCAAGAUAGUCACCUCCACUGAUGUGGACAUCGUAUUCAGCAAAGUCAAAGCCAAGAAUGCCCGAACCAUCACAUUUCAGCAGUUCCAGGAAGCAAUGAAGGAGCUGGGCCAGAAACGAUUCAAAGACAAGAAGCCAGAUGAAGCUCUGGAGAACAUUUAUAAACUCAUGGAAGGCAAGGAUCCAGCUACCACUGGUGUUACUAAGGCAACAACAGUGGGUGGAGUGAGCCGGCUGACGGACACCAGCAAGUACACCGGCACCCACAAGGAGCGCUUUGACGAGAGUGGCAAAGGCAAAGGCAUCGCAGGACGGGAAGAGAUGACCGACAAGUCAGGCUAUGUGAGUGGCUACAAGGGUGCUGGCACCUAUGAUAAGAAGAGCAGCAAAUGAGAAGUAGCCUCAACAACUAGGGUCAGUUAGUCCUCGACCCAGCAUCUUACACACCACGGAGGAGCGUAGGGAACAAUAAACAUCUGUGUG